UCUACCUAAACGUCCUUCCCCGUCUUUCAUUGACAAACAAUAUUAAAACAUUUACUUACACCUAUAAAUAUACAAAUCUUCAUCCAUUGCCACACACAGAGCUGAUGGAGGCAACUGAUCCAGAUCAUAUAGUGAUUGUUGGAGCUGGCAUUGCUGGCCUCACCACGGCCCUCGGUCUCCACAGGUUGGGAAUCAGAAGUUUGGUGUUAGAGUCGUCUGACCAGUUGAGGACCACUGGGUUCGCGUUAUCGAUAUGGCCGAACGCUUGGAAAGCUUUGGAUGCUCUCAGCAUCGGAGACUCGCUCCGUCGGGACCAUCGUUCGCUCCUUGGGUUGAGGACAAUUUCCACAAUUUCAGGACUGCAGACUGCCCAGAGACAAUUCAGUGUCAAAGGAAGAGCACAAGAGGAGUUUGAGGUGAGGUGCGUGCAGAGGAAGAAUUUGUUGGGAACUCUCGAGAGGGAGCUCCCAAAAGGCACUAUAAGGUAUUCCUCGAAGGUGGUCUCCAUCGAGGAGUCGGGACCCCUGAAGCUGGUCCACCUCGCCGAUGGGUCUGUCCUCAAGGCCAAGGUGUUGAUUGGGAGUGACGGAGUGAACUCAGUCGUGGCGAAAUGGCUCGGGCUCAAGAACCCAGCUUUUUUGGGCAGGGCAUCGAUCAGGGGCGUCUUGAACUACAACCAAGCCCACGGGUUAGAGCCCAGAGUCACACGGUGCUUUGGAAAAGGAGUGAGGCUCGGUUUCAUCCCCUAUGAUGAUAUAUCUGUGUAUUGGUUUUUCACUUGGUAUCCUUCUCCACAAGAUAAGAACAUAGCGGAUGAUCCCAUAGAGAUGAAGCAGUUUUUGCUCAGCAAGCUCGGCAAUGUCCCCGACCAGGUGAGGGAAGUGUACGAGAGGACUGAACUCGAGAACAUGAUAAUGACUGCGCUGAGAUACAGGCACCCGUGGGAGUUGGCAUGGGGAAACAUAAGCAAGGGCAAUGUCUGUGUAGCAGGGGAUGCAUUCCACCCGAUGACCCCUGAUCUCGGGCAGGGAGGCUGCGCUGCCCUUGAAGACGGGGUCGUCUUGGCAAGAUGUCUCGGUCAAGCCCUGAGAAACAACAACGAUGACGGCUAAGCGAGCAUGGAACAAGAGAGGGCGAGGAUCGAGACGGGUCUGAAGAACUAUGCCAGGGAGAGGAGGUGGAGGGGAGUCAAGCUCGUAUCUACAGCGUUUAUGAUGGGUUACAUUCAGCAGAGCAACGGGAAGGUGCUGACUUUCCUGAGGGAUCGAGUUUUGGCCACCUUUUUAGCCGGAAGGACCAUGGAUUUUGCUAGUUUCGACUGUGGAAAGCUGAGCAGUUCUUAGAUUCUGCAAUUUCCCGUUUCCGUAAUUUAACAUGGGUAAUGAAUGAAGCAAUGCAGCAUUUCUCUAUUAAUCAACAGAAUGCAGAUCAUCCCCGCAGA